AUACCCGGAAGUGUUUCGGAGAAUGAAGUUGGAAUAAGAAAGAUACACUUCAGAACAUGCUCCGCUGAGGUUCUGGUGAGGUUCUGGUGAGGUUCCGCUAAGGUUCCGCUGCCGUCCGGUUUGUAAACUUCAGGAUUUUUUUCACGCGUGUUUAGUUUCAACACAUUUCUGCGGCCAGCUGGCUUCUGCUAGCUUCCUCUGCUAACAGUUAGCUUCCGGAAGCAGCUGCGUCCGGAGUUCCGUCCAGGAAAAGCUUCAUGGCGGCUUGAUCGACUUUUCUCUCCAUUAAAUUAAAUUCUGUCAUUAAUGUGAAAACAGACGCGGAGGCAGAGGUUCGCUCUGGAGCUGCAGCGGAACGUGGUUUAAUGUUUCAGUUGUAGUCAGUGUCAACACACACACACACACACACACACACACACACUCACUCACUCACUCACUCACUCACACUCGGGGGCUGCUGUGGAGUGAGCCCUCACUGGUGACCUGUCUCUGCACAUGGAGACGAAGCACAGCUGGAGUCAGUCCUGCUUCCUGUUUCCUGUUUCCUGUCCAUGAUGUCUGUCCUCUGCUGAGACGUGCUCAAACCGGUGUCCUGUCCGAUGUGCAGCCCCCCGGCCGGACCCUGGUCUGCAGUGCCUGCCGCUGCACAGCAUGAGGAGGGAUGAGGAGGGCCAGGCUGGCUGGAGGUCUGGUCUCGGGGGGCGUUCUCCUGGCCUACCUCCUGGUCCUCAGACACCACUACUCCUCCGGCCCCCCCGGGGCGGCGGCCGCCCGGCCCCUCCCACAGCGCCAGCGCUCCCACCGGCCCGGCCUCCAGUACGGCGUCAUGUUCGAUGCCGGGAGCACUGGGACCAGAGUCCACGUCUUCAAGUUCCAGAUGAAGAGCAGAGCAGCUCCGUCCCUGCAGCAGGAGACCUUCAGCUCCAUCCAACCAGGACUUUCUUCAUAUGCUGAUGAUCCAGAGAAGUGCUCCUCUGGGAUUCUGGCCCUCCUGGACUUGGCCCGGUCCAGCAUUCCGUCCUCCAUGUGGAGCAGGACUCCGGUGGUCCUGAAGGCCACGGCCGGCCUGAGACUGCUGCCUGGAGACAAGGCUGGACAGCUGCUGGACACGGUGAGGGCGCUCUUCCAGAAGUCUCCCUUCAUGUCCACAGAGGACAGCGUGUCCAUCAUGACUGGACAGGAUGAAGGGAUUUCUGCCUGGGUGACCGUCAACUUCCUGACUGGCGGCCUGCAGGGCCCGGGAUCCGGCACCGUGGGGAUCCUGGACCUGGGCGGAGGAUCCACUCAGAUCACCUUCAGUCCUCCAGACCAGAAAAGCGUCCAGAUGUCCAACGACGUCCUCCUGUCCUUCCAGAUGUUCAACAUCACACACACUGUCUACACUCACAGUUACCUGGGUCUGGGUCUCAUGUCAACUCGGCUGGACGUCCUGGGCGGAGGACACUCAGCAGGGGGCAGCAGAGAGCUGGUCAGCCCCUGCCUGGCUCCAGGGUACGUGGGCAGCUGGGCUCAUGGAGAGGCGGUCUACAGGGUCAGGGGUCAGACGGCAGGGGGGACCGGGACCGGGACCGGGACGGUCUACCAGGCCUGCGUGUCCAGAGUGGAGACGGUCCUGGAUGGGACGGUGAGGAGGACGUCCCCGCUGGACGGCCUGGACUUCUACGCCUUCUCCUAUUACUACGACCGAGCCGUGGACCUCCGCCUGAUGAGCAGCUGGGAGGAACCGUCAGGGUCUCGGAUUACACAGCUGCUGCUCAGACAGUCUGCAGCAGUCUGUCCUCCAGUCCUCCUGUCAGUCCCUUCCUGUGCCUGGACCUGGUCUACAUCUCGGUCCUGCUCCAGCAGCUGGGCUUCCUGCCAGACCAGCAGCUGAAGCUGGCCCGGACCAUCGGGGACGUGGAGACCAGCUGGGCCCUGGGAGCCGCCCUGCAGUACCUCCAGACCCUGAACCCCCCCUGAAGACCCCUUGAACCCCCUGAAGACCCCUGAAGACCCUGAACCCCCUGAACCCCCUGAACCUCCUGAAGCUGCAGUUCAGGGUUCAAACCUGUCUGAGAGUUCUGGACUGCAGACCGGGUUCUGGUCCAGUUCUGCUCUGAAGACAGGUUUCUUCUACUCGAACUCUGAGUGGGCCGCUGGUCUCGGGGGUUCUGUCCUGGUUUUGGGGGGUUCUGUCCUGUUUUGGGGGGGUUCUUCUGUUUUGGGAGGGUUCUCCUGGU